AUGGCUCAUUUGGUUUUCUUUGUUUUGCUAUUUGCUGGGCAAGUGAUUGGUGGAUUCAGUACCCAGAAACUGCCUCCAUCUGACAAUGGAAACAUACUAACAGUUCUGAGCAUUGAUGGUGGUGGUAUCAGAGGGAUUAUUCCAACAAAAGUUCUUGAUUACUUAGAUAAGGCUCUUAAGGCUAAGGAUCCAAAUGCAGAUUUAGCACAUUAUUUUGAGGUGAUAGGAGGGACAGGCACUGGUGGACUCAUAGCAGCUAUGUUAACCACACCAAGCCCUCAUGAUCCUACUCGUGGUGCCUUUACUCCUGCACAAAUUGUACACUUCUACAAACAAAAUGGCCCUCAUAUUUUCAAUUCAUCUAGUAAAACUUUAACUUAAUCUUAAAUUAUUUUCAACAGACCUGGAACGGGUCCCAAAUUCGAUGGUGAGUAUUUACAUAACAUAACUCGUGAAGUGUUGAAGGAUACACGACUGAGUCAGACACUAACACAACAGAAGCCGGUUAUAUUCUCAAACUACAAGCUUGAGAAUGUUCCAUACCUAAAUGCCCUGCUGUCGGAUAUAUGCAUAUCGACUUCAGCUACACCCACUCAGCUACCACCUUACUAUUUUCAGAACGAUGGUGUUGAGUUCAGUAUGAUCAACGGUGGUGUAGCGGCUGAGAAUCCGACACAUGUAACCGUAAGUGAAGUGUUACAACACGCUGAGUAUCCGAAAAUCUUGGUGUUGUCUUUGGGGACAGGACAUACAAAAUAUGUGGAGAAUGAUUGUUUUGAUGCUCGUGUGGCUGCGUUUUGGACAGAAGAUAUAUGGGCUGCUAUCGAAACCGAUGUGCAGGGUCGUGCUUCUUCAGCCAUGUCUAAAUACUAUCCUGCUUCACUCUUUUCCAGAUUCCCACCUUCUAUGAGUACCUACCUUCGAAUUGAUGAUUUGGACUUGAAUCCUGAUCUCUCCAACUCAGUUGAUGUUACAGAAGAAAACUUGGAAGGUGUUGAGAAGACUGGAAAACAACUGUUACAAGAAAAAGUUGUGAAGAUGAAUUUGGAUACUUUUGAUUUAGAAGAACUCGGAGAAACAAAUGCAGAGGCUCUUGACAGGUGA